AUGUCCGGCGGCAAUGUCGAACACGUUUCUUGCUUCCUUGACAGCAAUGACAACGCCCUUCACCUCCCACGCCAAUCUUCUCCCACUCCUUCCGAUGCUUUCGACGACGCCUUGUCACAGAUUCCUCUCGAAGCAUCUCUCCUCGCGCCAUCCGUCCCCACACCCGUCUUGCGUCCCAGUACCACAUACCCUCCUCCGGGUCUCACAGAUUCGCGGCCUUGCGACGCAUCCCUGACCCUUCAUCCCGAUCCAGACGACGCGCAGCUUCGGUCCUCCUCGCCCGACCCGGACGACUUCUACCGGACGCACCCCCCCGCAUCCACCCCUGGGGAUGAGAUCGCGGUCGACUCGGCGAGGGCAUUCAUGGUCGGCAUCAGCAACAGCGUAGCCGCCGACAGAUACCCCCCAUACUACCAGCGCGUGGCAUCCGAGCCGACGUCCUUGUUUGAUGCGAAUGGGAACGGUGUCCAGUAUCGCUCCGUCUCCGAUUCGUCCCAGGGACCCUUCAAGCCCGAUCCCGCCAAACGUCCGCUCGCCGGGGCUGUGACCGGAAGAGCCAGACAGGCCUCCUUCAAGGACCUGGUCAACAAGUUCAACAACAACGUCGACCAGGUGCUGCCCCGUCCCUCCGCAACUCCCUCUAGAUCGCGGAACCCGUCGAGAGCCGCCAGCCCGGCGAGCCCCAUCGACGGCCACGCGCGCGCCAGAGCAUUGUCGCAUCGGCGGGAAACGCUCGAAUCCUCGACCCGACGACACCCCCUGCUCCGUGGGCACUCGACAGGGUUGCCCGGCCAAGAGCCGCUGACUCUCGUCCCGCCCCCACUGCGGACACAGGACCUCGACCCCCCGUCGCCGGCCGAUUGGGACACCAACGCCCAUCUGCCUCGACCGCAUCCCGUGGGAGACCGACUGGCCGUCGAUACGAACGUCUGGAGCCGAGAGCCGCUCGGCCUGUCACCCUUCCAACGUCGAGGAUCCGAAGGGACGAUCCCCAGUCCGCACCCCGCGACCCGCGACCUGUCUCCGGGCCGGUCCCCCUUGACCCCCACCGCCUGGUAUCUAGGCCGGACGCCCUAUCUCGAAGAAGUGACGACGGGCACCAGUGCCAAUUCGCACAGACGCGCGCGAAGUGAUUUAGCCGGAAACUGGCCUGGUGGCGCCGCCGCGCCCACUGCCGAUUCCCACAUGGCCAUCCCGCUCCCCUUGCCGUUGGAUGCCCGGACCCCCCCGGAGAGUCCACAUUCCAAGUCCCGCAUUCCCCUCUCGGCACACCGCCUCAGCUCGCCUUGCAGCUCGAGCGACUCCUCGCCCACGGCCAAGACCACCCCACCGUCCUGGGGCGCCCGGGCCGCCGCCCCCGUGCCCCUGCCACCCCGAGGAAUUAGCCGCUUACCCAAACCGGCCCCCACUCCCCCUCGCGUCCGCGAGAGCAACGAGGGCCCACCGUCGUUUGCGACCAGUCCGCUUGCGAAACGCCCGGUGACCCGUGAUCGCCAACGACACCCAGCCCCGAAUCGGGGUCCCUUGCCCGACCCCUACAUAACCGCCGACGGCCCCAAGAAGUCGCCUCCCCUCCGCAGCUCCCGACCCCGACAUCCCGUCUCGCGCACCGCACCCCCUCACAAACCCCGAUCCAAGGUAGUCGAGACCGUGUCGAACCUGCAGCGCCAGAUCAACCGCGACCACGAGCCGCGGAGUGCCCGGCCGCGGGAGCGCAGACUGCCCGAACUGGGACAUGUCGACUUUGCGACGCGACGGCAACGCAUCCAACAGGCCUUCAACCGCACCGUCCAGGAGAAUGAGCGCAAGGCAGAGAAGGCUGCGGAGCUCCGACGGCACGCCCAGGCGCAACAAAAGGGUCCUCCUCCGCCCCGUUCGGCGGCACCAGAACGGCCCGCGAGCCCCCCGGCCCAAAUCGAGAGCCCACGCCAUAUGGAUGACUCCGCGACCGUGAUCGAGGACGCUCCCGAGGCCAGCCCUGAAGAGACCACCCCGCCGCGCGUCGUACCGGGCCUCACCGAUGCGGACUCGCCUCCCCCGCUCCGAGUCGAUACCAACUUCGUGCCGCAGGCACCGAUCCCCCGGUCCGUCGAGCCUCUCACUGCGAUGGACUCGCCGACGUUAGGACGGCCUGAUGUCGCUGGCGAUCCGCAGGAUCGCGCUCCGACCAGCGCUUCGGCCGUCACCCCGGAAUCGGCCACCACCCGGGACACGGCCUUCGAUCCCGAGCCGCAGACCGAGCUGUCCCGUCAUACCCUGCACGAAUCGCACCGGACCCUGUUGAGCCAGAUCAUGCAGAUCCGCGAGUCCAGCCCCAGCAGCUCCUCGUGCGACGACCGUGACUGUAGCUUCUCGGACAACGAGGAUAAAGAAUCGAUUCCGAUCAUGUUACCCGAUGACCCUCUCGGCUGCGAUGCCUCCGUGGGGAGCAGCGAUUAUCACCAGCUCCGGACGCACUACCCCCCACACGACGACCGGAUGGCGAACGCGCUCGUCAACCGGUGGAGCAUCAGUUCGUGGUCUUCCUCGCUCCGCAACCAGAACUCUACCGACGAUCAAUGUGAAGGCAGCGGGGAUGACCUCUCCCAGCUGCAACCCUGCACCGAAGAUAGCGGACUGGCGACCCAGUCGUGCUCCGCCUUCUCCAGCACCCCGCCGUCCGUCGCCGGCGAUCGCCGCUCCCAGAACCUGUCCGUGCCCACUCACCCGCCAUCGGAGGCGAAGCCGGACGGCGGAUCGCAGACGCACCCGUGGGACCACUCUCGCUCCGCCAGUCUGGCCAAGUUGGGCGGAUGGGACUCCAAGCGCGUGACGCAGCUGUACUUUGAAGAACUGGCGCGUGGGAGGGGGCAUCGUCUGCCCAUCCCGGCCGCCCACACAUCCGUCGACGCCGGCAAGCGUGCCGACGGGCGGACGGACAGUCUGACCGACGACCCGGUCCUGGUGUCCAACGCUGAUGGUAUCCCGUCGUCCAAUCGCAACGCCCACACGGCGAGUCUAAUUCUCCGGGAUGACUGGGAACACGCCUCUCCGUCGAUCAUGGAUUGGAUGCAAAUUGCGGCCGAUGAAUCGUCUCCGCAGGAACACCGCGGCGCCAAAGCCGACGGUGAGCCCACGCCUCGGCUUGUGACUCCGGACUCGCGCCAGCCGUGCUCGGACGAGGCAGACGGCAGCCUUAGCCAGGUCGGCGACGUCCAAAGCCCUCGAACGCUCGACGUGCCGGACGCUCGUCCCCCUUUACCGUCCCACGAGCCGCCCCCUCCGCCGACGGAGCACGAAGAGAAUGGCACCGCCAUCAUUUCACAGCCCUUGCCCCCGCACCCUUACGUUCUCCCGUCGGCGCGACGGUCUCUCGAGUCUCAGUCGGCGACUAUCUUCUCUCCCUUGGAUCCGGUCCAGAGCGUCGGUAGUAGUGAGAAUUCCCUGCAACGACUGGAGACGACUGCGUCUGCGCAAGCCCUGCACUCAUCGGCUACGUCACUGGUGCCCUCGGCCUCAGAACCGGCCGCCGACGUGGUCAAGUCCCCCUCCCCCGAGCAGCGUCAAUUGAAGAAGCGACGGCACGUCAUCAAGGAGUUGGUGGACACCGAGUAUACGUUUGGCCGGGACAUGAAAGUCGUUGACGACAUCUACAAGGGGACGUCCAGCUCCUGUCUGGAUCUGUCCACCGAGGAUGUGAAGAUCCUCUUCGCCAACUCGGACCAGGUGGUUCAGUUUUCCAUGGCCUUCCAGGACACCCUCAAGGAAGCGGCCAAAAGCGUCUACGUGAUGCCCAAGUCGCAGCGGUGGAGCAGCAGGCGGAACGGGCGAAACCGGAACUCCGUCAAAAUCGACCAUGACGCAUUGACCGGGGCCUCGGCGUCAGAUAUGGAAAGAGACCGGGCCACGUCCAUCGGGCGGGCCUUUGUGACCCACGUGGAAACCAUGGAGAAGGUCUACUCGGAUUAUUUGAAAAACCACGACGCGGCCAACAAGAAGCUCCAAACCCUGCAGCGGAAUCCCAAGGUGGCGAUCUGGCUCAAAGAGUGCCGGGAGUGGGCCUCGGACCUGACAGCGGCAUGGGAUCUCGAUUCUCUCCUGGUCAAGCCCGUGCAACGGAUCUUGAAGUACCCCUUGUUGCUGUCGGAGCUCAUCGACUCCACUCCGGAGGACCACCCCGAUCGUGCCUAUCUCAUGAACGCCCUGGACGAGGUCACCAAGAUCUCCGUUCGCAUCAACGAGAUGAAGAAGCGGGCCGACCUUGUGGGCCAGGUCGUUGGGCGAAGACGCAAAGAGUCCGAUGUGAGGACCGGUCUGUCCAAGGCUUUUGGUCGCCGCACGGAGAAGUUCCGCCAACAGGUCGGUCUCUCCGACUUGUUCGAGGAUAAGGAGUACGAUGCCCUGGCCCAAAAAUUCGGGGACAACUUCUUCCAGCUGCAGGUGGUCAUGCGCGAUGCGGAGACAUACACGCAGGAAGCGCAAAGCUCCAUGGACAGCUUUACCGAAUACGUUGCUGCGAUCGAAGCCUUCAUCGAUGUGUCCUCGACGAACUAUUCUGAAUUGGAAGGCAAGUGGCGUGAUUUGAAGGUGACUGUGCAGGAUAUCAUGGCGUUGACGUUACCUGAGCAUCUCGGUAUUGUUCGCAAGAGUGUCAUCGAUCCAAUGGUCACAUUGCUCAAACUGCACGAAGGUCCGCAACGGGUAAUGAAGAAGCGUGACAAGCGUCUGAUGGAUUAUGCACGCUUCAAAGGCGCGAAGGAGCGGGGGGACAAGCCCGAUAAGAAGACGGCAGAGCAAGGGGAGCAAUUCGUGGCGUUGAACGAGACUCUCAAGGACGAGCUGCCCAAACUCUACUCCCUGACCGCCAAGUUGAUGGAGGCUUGCCUUAAGAACUUCCUGCAGAUCCAAACCACUUGGUACAGUGUGCUGCAGACGAAGCUUGGGCCGUUGGUCGAGUCCUUCCCCGAGGAUGUCCAGAAGGUGGUGAUGGACUGGACCGCCACGUUCAACUUUGCCGAAGCCCAGGUGUCGUCUCUUGGGAUCUGCAACGGCUCCUUGCUGGCGGAAAGCCUCAACAUGGUCAACUUCAACACCCCUUCCAUUGGGGCCACCAUCAGCUCGCCCCGACGCCCGUCGACUGUCAACAGCUCGAGUACGCGCAUGGGAUCUGCCAUGGAGGAAUCGCCCAAGGCGUCUCACGACUUCGGCAGCAUCCGUCCGUUCCAAUCCCCCAGCAUUGAUGGCCAGUCCCUCAUGUCGCAUGGACGCCACCGGGCCGAUUCCACGUUCUCGGGUCGUGCGGCGCCUGACACCCCCGAGAUUCCGCAGAGCCAAGCCUUGCAGCAGAUCACCAGUCCAUCCUCCAAGUCCGCGCCCCAGUCCAUCUCCAACACUGAGUCCUUCCCCAGCCUCCCGCGACUGAGCCUGGACUCUCCAUUCCUGGCCGAUAUGAUCGGGAAUCCCACCGAUGGGGAGCCGGCACCGGAAGAGAACCCCACUUCACCGGGUGGUCGAUACUCGGGCUUCUUCUCGUCUGCCAUGCCCAUGUCCGACAGCCCUCAGGAGGAGAAGACGGGCGAGAUCGAUCACACGAAAGAACCGCCUGCCGUGCUGUUCUUAGCGGCCAGCAUUUACGAGUUCAAUAUCGACCGGGCGCGCCGUGAAGCGGGGUAUCCUUAUCUGACCUACGUCCCGGGGGAGAUCUUCGACGUUAUUGCGGAGAAGGGAGAGCUCUGGCUGGCUAGGAACCAGGACGACUCGACGGGGCAGGUGGGUAACCGACUUGAACCCCCAAGUCUUUGUGCCAAUUUCUUUCUUUCUUCUGCCUCCCUGAGCGUUCGGUUUCAAUCUUGUGAUGAUAAUGUGGUGUUGGGUUCACUUCCUUCUUUCCCCAGUUUAACUUCGUUUCGCAUCCCUGUCUCCCUUCCCCUCCCCCCACUCCCAGUUUGGUCUUCCGAGAUAUCGUGCACAAUGCGGGACGGUGGAUUGGGGCGGUUGCAGAAGAGGAUGAGGCGGUUUGGUGAUUCGUUGAAUCCGGAUGAUGCCUACCUUAGCUUAACACGAGAAGACAUGCAGUCUCUCAAAAACGACUGGCUCACGGAUAAUAUCAUCUCCUUCUGGGAGGAAUAUCUAGAGCGGGAAUUCCUCACCCAUUACAAAUCCUCCAACAUCGUCCUCCUGCGCCCCAGCAUGUCCUUCAUGAUCCUGCAAACCCCCAACCCGCACUCCCUCCGCGAAGCCCUCCCCGACUUCACGCAAACAACGCACGUCUUCCUCCCGAUUAACGACUGCCGCAACGUCACAGAAGCCGAAGGCGGCACGCACUGGUCCCUACUCCUGAUCUCCAUCGUCGACGGGAUAGCCUUCCACUACGACUCCCUGCCCCCGGGGAACUACUGGGAAGCGCGAGCAGUGACGACCAAGUUCGGGACGCUCCUCAACCGGCCGAUCCGCUUCGUGCAUCUUGAGGACUCGCCGAUGCAGGAAAACGGCAGCGACUGCGGCGUGUUUGUGUGUCUCAGCAUGCGACAUCUGCUCCUCAAGAGACUCUUAACGGCAAAUGCUAGUGAAAAAGUCAGCAUGAGUCUCGGGGGUCGAAAAGUCGACGCCCGAUCUGGGCGGAAGGAAAUCUCUAAGAUCAUCGAGGGAUUUCGGAAAGAGGGCGAGAGACGUCGAUCGUAUGCCUCCUCCUCUCUACCCACUCUAUAUUCAAGUAUACUAAGAAGUAACCCUGAUAACGAUUCAAUCCAACAGAGCAAGUCUCAGCCCAGCAGGAAACAAAUCCAACAGUCCACCCCGCAUCGAAUGAUCCAACGAUCUCCACUAUUGGUUAGCGGUAACGGCAUGGCAUGGCAAGAAAGGACAGAAAGAAAAGAAAAAGACAAAAAAGAAAAGAGUAUAAGGGGCUCAUACCGGCGCUUUUAUCUAUAUCAUAUCAUUACUUUUAUUAUUUUGGUAGUGGAUAGAGGAUGGAUGGGAUAG